AUGAAUUUCAAGGAGCCGCUAGUGAAUUUUUUAAAAUGCGUCUUGAAUAACAUAAACUCGGCAUUUUCGCAUAGGAUUGAUCAAUUGCAAUUGCAGCUGUUGCGGGAAACAAAUAUCUUGAGGGUUUUGAACAGGGGAAUAGAGAGACUGUUUAGCGAGAAUCCAAGGACCCAUUCUGUUUCCCGUAUCGUGGUGGAAAAAGAUGUGGGCUGCAGAAUUGGACGAUAUGUGGAAGGUUCUAAAUAUGAACUGGUAGAGUCCAGGGCGAAAGAAAUACAAAUAUAUUAUGAAAGGAUGGUUUUUGAAAUAACACAAGAAUUGAAAGGGGACAAGCGGGUGUUUGCCUUGAUUGCAAAUCUUUCCCAAAGAUAUAGCGCAGAGAGGAAAGAAAUACGAAAUGUAAAGGUGCAUGGUGGGCGGCCAUGUAAUGAGAACGAAUUCCAGGUGAUUCCGAUAAGAUUCAAACCUAUUAAUUUGGAAAGAAGAGCACGACUGAUAAGAAAGAAGAAGACUAUUAAUUAA